AUGAGCUCGCAAAAAUUCCAGUAUGCACAGCUCCCUAAAUAUUCAUAUCACUCUUUCGAAAAGCAGUAUCAGACUUUCGAUCGGAGCACUUUGAAGCUCUCCUAUUAUCCUGUCAUCUCAAAUGUUGGUCGUCUGACGGAGGGCAAGGUCCAGGACAACACACAGCCCAGUGCUACCGAAUCGGAGAACAAGCCCACGCCUGCUGCUGAAGCCAAGGAAGAGGAGCCCUCUAGCUCCCCAGGUGAAAGCUCAACGACUACCGAGCCUGCAGAAUCCCCAGAGGCAACGACACCUCCAGCAGACGACCCGCCUGCUGAUGCCGCUGAUGCCUCAAGCGAAGAUGCAAAAGUGGAAGAGAAGGAUGCAGCCGGGGCCGAUGAACCAGCGCCGAACGCAGAGAGCGAAGGCACUACAGAUGGAGCCCCUACGGAUCCUCCUGCGGAGGGUGCAGAGCCCGAGGAGACGGAUGAAAGCGCAUCCCCCGCAGAAGAUGACGGUGCAGCAAAGUCCAGCGAUGACAAUGCAAACAAUGACGAAGAUUUUCCACCAGUUGACCCUGAGGCUGGAUACGACGGAGUAGAAUCGGAGAAAGAAGAGGCAGCGAAACAAGCUGCAGAAGACGCCGAGGAAGCUAUGUCUCAAGGAGAUGGUGAGAAGGCAGAUGCUGCAGUCGAAGAAAGCUCAGACGAAAGCAAAGAAGAGGAGUCUGCGGCGAAAGAACAACCACCUGCAGCCGCCGAAGAGCCCGCCGAAGAGCCCGCCGAAGAGCCCGCCGAAGAGCCCGCCGAAGAGCCCGCCGAAGAGCCCGCCGAAGAGCCCGCCGAAGAGCCCGCCGAAGAGCCCGCCGAAGAGCCCGCCGAAGAGCCCGCCGAAGAGCCCGCCGACGAGCCUUGUGCCGAGCACUCGGAUGGUUCGGGGGAUGGUGCUCCCCUGUCAGAGGAAUCACCUACAACAGAAGACCCUCAAGCCCCGGAAGCCGGAUCUGAAGCCGGGAAAGAUGCUCAGUCUGAAUCGUCAGAAGCUGAUGCUAAUGUGGACGAACAACCACCUGCCGAGUCAAUUUCUCCUCCCGAAGAGGAACCAGCAGAGGAGGCUUCAGCUCAAUCGUCUAAGAAGAGCAAAAAGUCCCGAAAGGAGAAAAAGAAGAAGGGCAAGGCUGGCAAAGCAGCGAAAGAACAGGAACCGGAGACUACCCCCGCACCGGCUGCGGAUCCAGCGCCUGAGCCUGAGGUUGAGGCCGAUAAAUCCGCCUCUGACGACCCAGCCGCAGAAGAAGUCGCUGAGCCAGCUACUGAGAAAGCUGCUGAACCGGAAGAGAAUCCUGCCGAGGCCGAAGCGAAUCCUGACAAUGCCAUUGCAGAGCCCGCCGAGGACACCGCCACAGCAGAGCCUGAGAACACCGAGCCCGCAACAGAAGCGGAGGAGGCCCCAGCAGAAGCUACGGAUGAGCCGGAGGUUGCGCCUACAGAAGAGCCUGUCGCACCCGAAGCCUCUCAGGACGACGUACCAGAUGCCACAGCGGUAGAAACGCCUGCCGAGCCAGCAAAGGAAGAAGCAACAGAAGAUCCUGCUGCAGCGGAGCAUGAAGCAGAAGCGAAGCCCGAGCCGGAGCCGUCAGCAGAGGCACCUGCGGGGGAAACCACAGAAGAAUCAGCCACUGACGAUAUUGCUGCUGAGUCGCCUGCAGAAAAGGCUGUCGAUGAACCCGCUCCAGAAGAAACCCCGGAAGAAUCUCCUGCAGCUGAGGGAGCCCCAGAGCCAAUCGCUGAGACCUCGGCCGACCAUGCAGCUGAAGCAGAGACUACCGAAACUCCGGCUCCAGACGCGACUGAACAGCCCGUCACUGAGACGCCAGCCGAAGCUGCGCCUGAGGAGGCACCAGCACCUGUGGAAGAACCUCCUGCUACUGAAGAAUCGCCUACUACCGAAGACACGCCACCUGCUGAAGAGACACCUGUAGCUUCAGAUGAACCGGUUGAAGAGGAGAAGGAGACGGAAUCACCGGUAGAGGCUGCAGAGGAGGUAGAACCGGUGACGGAGCAACCUGCCGCUGAAGAGCCCGUUGCUGAUGCCCCAACUGAUGAACCUCAGGCUGAAGUAGAUCCAGUCGAGGAGUCUUCGACCAAGGAGCUGCCUGCAGAGGAAGCCCUGCCAGAUGACUCUGAAGCCGAGCAGCCUCCCAAGGAAGAUGUGCCUACUGAAGAAUCUACUGCUGAAGCCGCGCCUGCUGAAGAACCGGCUGUUGAGCAAACUGCUGAGGAGCCUAUCGUCGAGCAACCUGCCCCUGAUGAGCCUGCCCCUGAUGAGCCGAGCGCGGAGGAAACAGCAGCUCCGGAGGAAGAAUCAGCACCUGCCGACAGCGCUCCAGUAAUUCCAGCUGAAGAAGCAUCUGAAGAGCCUGCUCCUACUGAAGGCGAGGCUGCCCCGCCUGUCCCUGAGGAGCUUGCUGAGGAGACUACUGCGCCGCCUGCACCAGCUGAGGAGCCACAGGCUCCAGAGGCUGCUGAAAGUGCACCACCGGAGGAGGCUGCUGAAAGCGCACUACCAGAGGAGGCUGCUGAAAGUGCACCACCAGAGGAGGCUGCUGAGCCACAAGCUCCAGAGGCUGCUGAACCAGAGGCUGCUGAAAGUGCAUCGCCAGAGGAGGCAGAGCCUGAGCCAGCUCCUGCAGAAGAGGCACCCGUUGAAGCAGCACCGGCCGAAGAGACCCCUUCUGCAGACCCCCCUGCUCUCGAUGAGGUUGUUCCUGAGCCUACCGAGGCUCCGGAAGAGGAGGCUCCGGCUUCUGACCCAGCCCCCGCUGAACCGGCACCGGAAGAAGCGCCUGUGGAGGAGCCUGCACCUGAAGCGGAACAGACGAGGGAAGUUCCAGCAGAAGAGCCGCCAGCCGAACCUGAACCAGCUCCUGCUGAGGCUCCUCUUGAAGGCACCGCUCCAGUUGAAGAAGUCGCACCCGAAGAUGGGCCACCUGCAGACCUUGCGCCAGAAGAGUCUGACGAUGUGCCCCUGGUCGAGGCAUCAGAACUGCCGGUGGGAGACUCGGCAGCUAGGCACAACUCCCGCCGACGCAAGAAGCGCCCGACUGGCGAACGUGAGCGACGAAACUCCAAAACAUCAUCCGAAGGGCAGAAGAAGGAGCAGCUCAAGCGCCAGAAGAGCGAACGCGGCCUGUUCACCAACCGCUGGGCAAAAGCUCUGGAAGAAGCCCGCAAGCUGCACGAGGAGAAGAAGAGGGCGGAAGCCAACAGCCAGCGCAGGCAAGCGGCCAUUGCUGAAGACAAGGAACGCAGCGGCAUCCCUCCUUCAGAAAAGUCCGUGAACUCCAAGAGUUCAGGAUCAAAGGAGAAGGAGAAGGAAAAGGAAAAGGAACAGCCAGUUGUGGAGGUCAAGCCCAAGCGUCGCUCGUCAGAAGCAGAGCAAAGCAAAUCGGUCAAGACGUCCUCAUCCUCGAAGCAGGCACCAACUUCCACGCCCAAGCCCAAGGCUUUCCUGCGAUACAUGAGCAAUGCCCCCAACGCCAACAGCAAUGGACUCAUCGUGCGACCUAAUGGCUCUUCCUCUUCCUCUUCCUCAAAACCUGCAGCCGCCACGCCAGCUUCUGAAAAGGAAAAGCCCCGCCGGGCAUCCACGAGCCACAGCCAUAGCAGUGGUAACCAGGAGCGCUCUUCAAACGAGGCGAAGCGAUCCAGUGGCCGCUCCGAGAAAUCUCAUUCCCGACGCGAAGCUGAUGCUCCCCGACAAGAGAGGAAGUCUCGACGACGCUCCGUCGAAGCAGAGGUUGGCAAGCCCCGGGACCGUGAGAAGAAGUCUGAAAGCGCCGGCGGCCCGGAGCAGAGCGGCAAAGAGAAAGAGAUUCGCGCUCAUCGCCGGCACAAGCGUGAGGAAUCUCCCCCGCGAGAGCAGUCGAAACUGAAGGGUUUCUUCCGAGCCAUUGCUGCUCAUUAA